UGAGAGAGAAGAAACAGAGAGAACAGAAAAGUGGAGCAGCGCGUGCGGGUAAACAGUAACGCAGAGUCGCGGUUAGUUGGGUAAAGUCGGCGAAGUCGGUGGUUAAAGUGAGGCACCGCCGAAUCCUGGAGCUCCGGGGCCGUAAACGGGGCAUGGAGCGAACCGUGGCCGCUCACGGGGCGACUCCACACGGCGGAGCGGCUCGGGAAGGUCGACUCUGACUGGCCGAAGCGAAGCAGACUCGACGCGACGCGAAGCCCUGAGGAAUGGCCGAUCCUCUGCGGAGGAGUUUGUUAGCUAAACUGAGGGGGAAGAAGUCGAAAAAAGCGGCGGUGGCGAACGGUACCGGCGGCGGGGAGAGAGGCGGUAAGUUUAGGGCAAAAGUUUCCCCUACGGCGACGGCAGGGACAGCGACAACAGCGGCAGCGGCGGACUCGCAGAGUGGCCGAGCGGUCGCAGCGGUGGAGUUGGACCCGACCUCGAGCUCCAGAGGAGGUAAGCAGGCUCGCUGUUUGAACGGGGGUUUGGACGGAGGGGUGGUUCGUUUGGUCACGGGGCUCCGAGACGAGCAGACCGGGCUUGGAGACUCUUUUCGCCUUUGGGACCAAGCGCUGCGUGGCCGGGAGCAGCUGGCCGGUGGAGACUCCAUAGGCUUUGGAAACGAUAGCUGGGACCGUUCUGAGCUUAAACCAGAGGACCGAGGCACCGUGAAAGUGCCCGAGGCUGGUUGCAAGGACAGAGGGAGCAGUGAGGACAGAGUACGGGCUUUAGAGACUCGAGACUGGGACGGAGGAGUGGUGCUGGACCAGGGAGCGAGUUCAGUCAGCCUCAGAGCCGGCACAGGUUCAGCAGAGGCAGCAGAGAUCACCUGCAUCAGCAGUCACCUCCUGCACUCAAGCCACUCAGGUUCAGGCCUUUUUCAUCUUCUUCACACCAACGUGGAUGACCUUGACUUGAUCCGGAGCGUGGAAAGUUCUUUUGAAGGAGAUCUGAGGAUGCCAGCCCUGCAGAGUCCAUCCUUCUUCCCCACUGAGCUGGAGAUAGUGGACUCCAGCCUGACCCCUCGGCUUGUGUGGGACAGAGAGGGGUCAAACCGGCCCAAUUCUGUGGACAGCGAGGAGGACGACUACUACGACAAUGAGAUUCUGCCUUUCUACGAGUCAGAGGGUCAGAACCUGGGCUUGAAUGGUGGGGCUGGGGCUCCGCUCCAUUCUUUUGUCCAGGCAGGUCAGGAAACAGACAGCACAGAAGAAACGGACAGGCUGAGAAAUCAGCUAAAAGAAGCCUACUACCUCCUCAUAAACACCAUGCAUGACAUGGCCUUUGAUGGGCCGGCACAGAGUAGCAGGAGUGGGAGCUCCAGCCAGUCUCGGGACAGUGUGAGGAGCACCUCUUCACAUUCAUCAACUAGACUGGGAGACACAUAUGAUGAUACAUGCUCAUCUGGUGAGCAAAGUGGGCAGCAGGCUUGUGGGUCACACUGGGCCUUGCUGGACCUUGCUGAGACCUGCAGAGCCAAAAUUGAAGGCUCUCGGAGGAGAAGCUUAAGCAUGCAGUGCAUGCCCCAUGAAAGUCGCAGGCCAGCAGCACUGCGGAGGUCCAUAAGUGACUCAGGUGUACAGUACUGUACAAUAGGACCAGGUCAAAGUCACGGUCAGGGAACGCUUGAGACUGAGAACACUAAAGCCUCUAAACACACAGAGGAAACUGCAAGCCUGCAUGACCAAUGCCCCAAUAAUGACCCAACAGAUCAGAGACUAGAAGAACCGCAUAUAGACAGCAAGAAUGGUUCCAUUUCUGACCCCUUGUCUGUUCAAAACAUGCUAACUGCAUGUGAAACAGUAGAUUUGCACAAGGAGAACCUGGUCACCAUUGAAACUGAGGCUUCAGUUUCAAACACAAGCUCGGUUGACCACUCUGUUAGCUGCCUGGUCAGUUCUCCAGAUGCCUCUUCCCAAAAGCCCGGGCCCGCUGUCUCACAGCAGCUGAUUCAAAGUGUGGGAAAGCCCCCAGGAGUGACCGUCAACAAGAUGCAGGAGUGGAUGCACAAAGGCCGCGUCCUUUCAUCAGAGAUGCGGCAGAGAAUUGCUGGAUCCUCCCUGCGCCAGGCUCACUGUCAGGACAUCCACGUGUGGCCCAAGGCUCCCAGUCAUCCAGCUAAACCCAGCUGCACAGGCUCCUCUGGAGGAGGGCCUCAGCCAGCUCUGAUGUCCAGCUGCAGUGCCUCAUGCCACGAGUCCGACCCUCGUGCCGCUCCUCUCAACUCCAUCACCGUCUCCAAGAAGCGCAACUGGUUGCACCAGAGCUCCCCCCACCCCCCACAUCACCCGGACAACGUCCCCGCGCCUCGUACACCGGACGACGACCACCUAAACCACGCGAACAUGCCUCACGUCACCGUCUCCGUCUCGUCUCCGGACACCCCGUCCCCGCUCCUCAUCGACCCGGUGGAGGAGAACGACGCCGACGACGAGGGAGAAAUCUGGUACAACCCCAUCCCUGAGGACGAGGAGACCGACCUUCCUCACUGCAUCCCCACAGCCACCCACCCACCACUACUCUUGCAGGCUCCGCCCCCACCCUGGACUGCUGGAAUCACCAGACGGGCCAGUGCAGGGGGUGAGGAGGGGCGAGCGGGGGAGGGGGGCGGUCCUGUUGGAGAGGCGGGAAAAGCAAACGUCACACAUUCCUGUGAACAGAACCAUAUGAACAGACAGAUGUGCCGGCCAGAUGUGCAGGAGAACCCCCCAACCCGGACAGCAGCUACAGAAUCUUCUGAACAAAGUGCCUCAGGCUUCUCUCCUCCCUCCAGUCCCAACCCAACCAAGAAGAGCUCCUCCAUCAACUGGUCUUUCCACGACCGGAUCAAAUCUCCACGCACAGUCCGGAAGCUCUCCAUGAAGAUGAAGAAGCUUCCUGAGCUCAGCAGGAAGCUAAGCGUUAAAGGGAACCCAACCAGCAGUGCCGGAACCUCCAGCGGCCAGUCUGAAGUAAGAGCUGCAAUCGGCACGGCAGAGCAGAGCACGACCCCGCCGGGUGGCGUGACCACGUCAUCAGCGAGCGGGAACGUCAUAUGGCGCUACCAUCUCGACAGCAGCGUGUCCACCCAGCAGCACAGCUACAGUAAGAAGAAAAGCAGCGGAGGUGGGGUUCCCAAAUCGGCCAGUAAAGGGGGGUAUCUUAGUGAUGGAGACUCGCCGGAGCUGGUAGCCAAAUCGGGAAAGCAUGGGUCAUCCGAGGGUAAGUCUAGCAGGCUUUGUGACAAGGAUACCAAUGCAGGAGCACCGAAGACAGAUCUAGACGUGGACGCCUUUCGGCCAUACAACUUCUCAGAGCAGCCCAAGUGCACGGCGUACAUCUCAGGCCUCAUGAGCCUCCACUUCUACGGGGCUGAGGGGCUAAAACCGCCGCGGGCCGACUCGCGCCACGUCUACUGCGCCAUCCAGGUGGACUCUGUCAACAAGGCCCGCACGGCCCUCCUGACCUGCCGCACGGCCUUCCUGGACAUGGACCACACCUUCAACAUCGAGCUGGAGAAUGCACAGCAUCUCAAGCUGGCCCUCUUCAGCUGGGAGGCGGUGCCACGGCGGAACCGCGUCUGCUGCCACGGGACCGUAGUGCUGCCGCCCCUGUUCCGCACGGCCACCCGCACGCACCAGCUGGCCGUGCGCCUGGAGCCUCGCGGGAUCAUCUACGUGAAGCUGGGACUUAUGGAGCAGUGGAAGAACUCUCUGCGUGGGCCGGACAGCGAGAGGGAGGGCGAGGCCAACGUGUUCGGAGUGGAGGCAGCUCGGGUGGUAGAGCGAGAGGGGGCGGGGCUGAUGGUGCCACUCAUCAUCGAGAAGUGCAUCACCGAGAUCGAGAGGCGAGGAUGCCAGGUGGUCGGGCUGUAUCGUCUGUGUGGAUCAGCGGCGGUGAAAAAGGAGCUGAGGGAGGCGUUCGAGAGAGACAGCCAUGCCAUAGAGCUGUCGGAGAGCAACUACCCGGACAUCAACGUCAUCACAGGUGUUCUCAAAGACUAUCUGAGAGAGCUGCCGUUUCCUCUUAUCUCCAAGCCUCUGUAUGAAGCAGUGAUUGACUCCAUGGCCAAGCGGCCGCUGCUUAUCGGAUCCGGCGGCUGCGAGAACGAUCCGGCCGAAUCGGAACACACAGUCAGUCUGCUGGAAACCCUGCCUGAGGUUGAGAAGAUGACUCUGCGGAAGCUCCUAGACCACCUGAAGCGCGUGGCUUCUCAUCACGAGGUGAACAAGAUGACGUGCCAGAACCUGGCGGUGUGUUUCGGGCCGGUCCUGCUCAGCCAGAGACAGGACGCCUCGUGCCACAGUAACCGAGUGUUUGUGGACUCUGAGGAGCUGGCCAGCGCCCUGCACUUCAAGAAGCACAUCGAGGUCCUGCACUAUCUGCUGCAGCUCUGGCCAGUUGUGGAUGCAGAAGGUAAACCCUCGUCUCCUGCCCUGGACUCCCCUCCUUCAGCAGUGACGACGGCGGCGGCUCCGGUAAGGAGGAGAAAGGAACGUCCUCAGGUGCUGAAUCUGGCUGAAAGCGACCUGGCGGGCGUCCUGCGACCUCGACCCGGACGACUGGACAGUCCGAGCAACCGCUACGCCGGUGACUGGAGUGACUGCAGAGAGACGUACCUCCAGCAGUCCUGCUCGGAUGAGGCCGACUACGCCGACGUUCCCGGGGAUGAACUUGAGGAAAGAGUGAUGGAGGCUGAGGAAAAAGCCUUAGAACAGGAUGACGGAGAGUUGGAAGAAGCACUGGAGAGUGUGGAGGACACUCAGGCGGCCUUUGAGGAGGAGCGAGAGAGCGAUGAAGAGCAGAGUGAGGAAACCGUUAGCAUUAGCGCUCCUCAACAGCAGCAGCAGCAGGAGGAUUUGGAAGAGCCGCUGUUGAAGCCCUGGGGCGAGCAGAUCCUUUUGGAGAGAGACGAGCACAGACCCAAAGAGCACACCUACCAGGCCUACAUGAAGAUCCAGGAGAUCAGCCCUGUGCUCAGUAACCGGGUGAACCUGCGCGACCUGCAGGAGAGCAUCGACACGCUGAUCGGGAACCUGGAGCGGGAGCUAAACAAAAACAAGAUUAGCGUGGGCUACUGAGUCUGAACGCACUCUACGCUCUGGAGUACAUAAACUGCAGUUUUCAAGCACAGUCCUGAAGACCUCACGCCCGGCACAGUCGCAGAUAUUCCCUGCCCCUGACCUGACCGUGAUCUGACCAUGAUCUGACCAUAACCUGACCGAAACCUGACCAGGACCUGUCAACUUUAGUUAAAUACGAUUUUUUCAAAUCUUGAAGAAAUUUGCUUUCAAAAUAGCUUAAGAAAAAAAAAAUCUUAAACAGAUACAUCAAUUCAAAUCUAUCUACUGUAAAUUUUGUAUAUGAGUUUUGAAUGUCAAAUUUGAAUUUUAAUGUAUUGAUCAGUUUUUUUAAAACUAAAAAUGUAUGGAUCUGAAUUAUUUUUAACAGCAAUUUUCACCACCUUCAAGUUAGUUACCUUCAAAAAUCAGGUCAAUUUCAUUUCAAGUCAGAUUUUAAACUCCACACUUCUCCAACCAUACUGACAGAAGAAGUGUAAUAUGUAAGUAAUGGAGUUGUGUUAGGUGUGUUAGUGUUGGGGGCAGGGAUUCAGCACUGGUCAUGUGGUUAGGUCCAGCUCUGGAUGAAGGCGUGAGGUCAGAGACCAGCGAUUGCUAUUGAAACUCAUUGGAAAUGCUACUGGAAAUGUGUAAAAUCGAUGGUGGAUUUGAUUUUGUUCUAUGGAUACUGGAGAAUCCCAGUGGUUACUUGUCGCUCCCACAGUGGGACUCGCUCACUGACAUUCCUGAUCGGACUUCUCUUUAUCUUUGUGUUCGUCGUGUUCUGUUUUUGCCACGUGUUCGUUGUCUUUUCUUCUUAUUAGAAGCAGCAUUGAGCCCCGAGGGGUGAGCCAGGUGCCUUCAUUGUGUAAAGGUGGUUCUUAAGGCAGUGGAGAGGAUUUUUUUAAUGAUAAUAAUUUUAAUGUGUGUUGUUUCUGUAGAGGUACGAAAAUGUUGCUGAAAUCUAAACCGAUGCACUUACGAAGAGUGUCUCUUUUAUAGAGGCGGGGCCAGGAGUUCAGGUACGCAAUACAGGCAUUGAUUAAAGCCUGACAGUGGGAGAAUAACACACAGACACAGACACACAGACAGACACACAGACAGAAAUCAACCCCACAAAGAACCUUAAGCUACAUACAUCUUUAAAAAAUUACUACAUUUAAAUAAUAUAUUUAUUUUGGAGGUUGGUGUGGCGCAGUACAUAACACCAAUACCUACCAGUGAGCUACCACCACUUAUUGUGGGAGACUGUAGUUCAGUUCCCAGCCUGGGUGACUGAAUGCUGUUCUACACCAAUAAGGGGCAACCCUUGGGCAACACUACUCUUAACACUAGGGGUGGGCGAUAUGGCUCUAAAGUAAUAUCACGAUAUUUCAUGGUAUUGAUUUAAUUAUCUCUGCAGAUUUGCAAUUGCUAAAUUUGUAUUGAAUAUUUAAAAUGUUAAGUCUUAUAACUGCAAACAAGUUAAAACGCUAAGUCCCCAAACUUUUGACAGGCAGUGUGCAUCCAAAAACAUCAGUCUAAAACAUCAAAAGUUUUGAACAUGCAAAAACCUUGUAUCUCUAUUGUUGUAUUCAUUCUUUAAAUUGUGUCAAUUUAUAUAUAUAUAUAUAUAAAAAAAAAGAAAAUUAGAAAUGAACUCUCUCUACAUUGACUUCCAUUGAGAGUUGUAAAGUUCCCUUUUAGAGACAUUGAGGCCAGGUUUUUGCAUGAAAAAUAAAUACAGACUCACUUUAUCCUAAACUGUACACACUUUAUCCUCUUGUUUAUUUUAUUGUUUAAUCCUGAACGUAAUUACGUAUAUUCUAUACAAUCUCCAACAUCAUUCAGCAUACUUACAUACAUACAUAUUGUACACAUGUAUCCUUAGGCCUUCUAAGUAUAGACUCUGCUUUAAAAUACUAAUAUAAUAAUAUAAGUGCUUUACUCCAUUCAGAAAUAUACAGAAUUCCAAGAAUUAAAACGGCUAAAUAGUAAUUAGUGAAAAAAGAUAAAAAAUAAAAAAUAAUCUGGUAGAACUUUAUAAUAAUAAUAAUAUUUAAUAGGAAGCUUCUGUAGUACCUGUUCCUGUCUCCUCCCACCUACACUAAUCACACUGAUUACACUAAUUACAGAGUUUCAGUUGGGAAAGCACAUGAUCAUGUGCACAGUCACAAAGGAACCUAAAAAGGAAAAAAAAGAAUAAAAGAGAAGAAGAAGAAGAAAAAGAAGAAGCACAGCUGGUUCAGUGUUCAGUGAAGCUGUUUCUCGUGGAAAGAUGAGAUUUUAUUUUUAUUUUUGUUUUUUGAGGAUGAUUGUUGGUUUGUGAGAUGCACACACCUGCGCUCUCUACCUGAAAGCGAUACGUCAUUUCUAUUAGUCCAGGGAUUCAAACUCGUCAGUAUUUAUCAGAUACAAAAAAGUAUGUGCAAAUCCAGUCUGAGUAUAUUUUAUUAUUAUUAUUAUGUUUUUUUUUUUUUUUUUUGAAAGCUUAUGUUUCCAUAUAUGUAUAUAUUUAAGCGUUUCUCAGAUACCUUGUAGUAUUGGGCCUGUAGAUCAGCAUCAGAUAAACACACAUAUUAAUUAAGAUGUUGGUUGCUUUUCCUGAGUUAGCAGGACACGUUCGGUGGGAUGUGCAGGACUAAUGGAACUACCGUACUUCAGCUGUUUAAGGUACGAAUGACAGAGUUUAUUAAUUAUGAGAAGCUGUGAGCGAUUGCUUGUGUUUUUUUUUGUAAGCGUCCCUGUAGGCUAGUUUCUGGAGAGAUCCGUGUUAAUGGCUGGGUUGAGUCCAGAGCGUUGCAUGGUCAAAAGCUUUACUGUCGGAUAUAAGUGUAUCUAAAAAUGUAUCUCCUGCGGUCGUCUGUAUUUAUGCGUGUAAAUAGAGAGUAUUUUAAUUAUGGUCAAAUCUUGAUUGUGCUUCUGUUUGGCAGCUGCUCAAACAUCUAUCUGUAAAUUAGUUGAAAGAAGCUGUUUUUUUUUUUUUUUGGUCUGUGAGAAUAUGAACCGGUUUCCAGCAGCCCAGUUAAACAGUGCAGAGUUCUGCUUAAAGCCUGUUCUUCACACCUGCCUUGAUGAAAUCUGGAGUUUGAAUCUGAAAGUUUAUUCUCUUAAAUUCCUUCUGAACCUUUAGCUUAGCAUAACUACCCAUAGCUAACUACCCUUGUAAAAAAAAAAAGUUGUGUAUUUAAAUAUAAUAAUAGUGUAUUUAAACUACAUGCACAAUAAUUGAAGUAUACUUUUUCUACUUAUACUUACUUACAUUUUUUCCUACUUUUUUAAAAAAAAAGUAAACUUUAUUUGGCCGUGCUGAUUUUAUACUGGUGAUGUACUUAGUAAAAAUAUAUGCUUAGGAUUAUUUUAUGAAAUGUGCUUUUUAUGAUAAAACUAUACUUUUACUAAAUGAGUCUAAAGGAGUCGAUAUUUCUGCAAUAAAACUCUACUUAAGUCAAAUUUGCUACAAAACAAUAAUUUUGUGUUGACAAAUUAAAAGUGAUAAUGAACUUUUAUGUGUUGUGUUAAAUUUAUACCUAAAAAGUUUACUUUAGUUACAUUAGUGUCGGUAAAAGAACUUAACUUGUUUCCCCUAGUUAUUAUACACUCCUCAAAAUGAAUGUGAUGUUAAAUCUGUUUUAAUCACAUUUUUAAUAGAUUUUUAAUAUUCAGUCGGACAGCUCACACAAUUAUACUUAAACUAUAUUAAAUAGAUGCGAUAAUAACAUACAACUAGUAUACUCAAUAUGAAAUACAAAUACAAAUUAUUGGUUUCCAAAAUAACAUACAAAAUAACUUAAGUAUACUUCUUUUUCACAAGGGUAGCUAACAAAUUAGUGCUAGUUUCACAAGUAUAACAUUUUAACAAGAUUACAAAUUAUAAUCCCAUAUUUCCUCCUCCCUCAGUUUCUGUGCUUUGUAUUGUGUUGUGCUAAACCUGUUAAAACCCCCCCAGUGCUAAACACUGUAGCUAGCUCUGGCUAAUAAAUAGCCUUAUGGUUAGCCAUUUUAAUAAACAGGAGAUAUGCUAUAUUUGUGAGUUCUCUGCUCUUGGAAUAUGUAGCUAAUUUGUUAGCUGGGUAGCUAAGCUAAUAAAAUACCUAUAUAACAAGCAGUUUUCAAAAAAAGAGCUGAUAUACUAUUUGUAUAUUGUAAGAUAUGCUAUAUUUGUAUUUACUGGUGGAAUGAGUGCUAAUGUGUUAGCUAGGUAGCUAAGCUAAGCUAGGUAGUUUGAGUUUGUUUUGUGUUACCUUGUCAGUAAACUCAAACACUAUUCUAUGUACUAUUACCAUUUUGAGGUAGCUGUUUUUUCUUGCUAAUUUGCUAGCCAUGCUAAUUUUAGCCAUAUUUCACCACUGACCACCAGAAAAAAAUUAAUACAUUUCAGUCCCUUACAAAGUGGGCACAACAAAAUCACAUGAUUCACUGCAAAAAACUAAAUCUUAGCAAGUGACUUUUUCUAAUUUUUUUUUCUUCUCUGAUAAGACUUGUUGUCUUACUAAGCAUUGUGUAAGUGUUAGAUUAUUUAGCUUAUUUUAGGGAUAAUUAAUAAUACAAUCUUAAUCAUUCUUACUUAGAAUUUGUACCUUAUUUUAAGUAAUUUGAACUCAAACUAUGUUAGACAGCACCAUCAAGCAGCAAUCAAGUUAUUCUGAUUCUUGUGUCCAAAAACAGUGACUUUGUUUUUGCUUGAUUUAGGUGUUACUUCACUCAUUUUGAGACUUUGCCAUUGCUUUUUGGAAGAAAUCUUAUUAAGAAAAUUUUGCUUAAUUGUUUCUGCUUAAUAUACAAAUAUUUGUCUUAAUUUGCAUAUAAUGCAAAUUAGGUCUAGUUUUGCCAAUGGAUUUUUAGCAGUGCUGAAAGCCUAGAAUACUUCCCUUUUAAGGCAAAGUAUUUAGAAACAGACAAAAUUGUGUUAAACCAGAUUCACAACGCAGAGUAGGGGUGGGCAAUAUGGCCCUAAAACAGGGGUCACCAACGUGGUGCCCGCGGGCACCAGGUAGCCCGCAAGGACCUUAUGAGUAGCCCGCAGGCCUGGUCUAAAAAUAGCAUUUUUGUUGCUAUUCUUUUUUUUUUAAAUCACAGUUGCAUUGGUGUAAUUUUAGAUUAUAUUAGAUUAAUAUUAGCUUAGAGAUAGCCUAUAGUUUAUAUAUUAUUAUACAAUAUAAUGUAAUAUAAUAUGUAAUAUUGUCAUUAAUUAUUAAUAAUAACAUAUAAUUAAAGGUAAAUUGAGAAAAUUUGUAAUUUCACGAGUGUGUAUCAAACUGGUAGCCCUUCGCAUUAAUUGGUACCCAAGAAGUAGCUCUCAGGUUCAAUAAGGUUGGUGACCCCUGCCCUAAAAUAAUAUCACUAUAUUUAAUGGUAUUUUCGCGAUAACGAUACAUACUCUUGGCGAUAUAAAUUAUUUUUUAUUUUUUUUUAAGAAUACCCUACUGCAACUAAAUGAAAAAUUUAUUUUAUUAUUGCAUGCAAUUUAUGUCACAUCACUACCUGAGAUAUAAAAAAAUACAAGAAUUUGAUCAGAUUUGUAACAGAAGUCAAUGAUCCAGAAUGUCAUGAUACUAAUAAUAAUGCACUCCAAAUAUCUCCAUAUAUCCAGAAUUAAAUUAAAAUAAAUUAUACUAGACAGACAUAAUCUGUCUCUAGUAGAUCUAUAAUGGGAAAACGGAAAAGUGUGAAUUUUUCUUUUGUUAAAAAUAGGGGUGGGUGAUAUUGCACUACAUUUUUAGGGUAUUAUAUCGUUCACGAUAUUCAAACAUGUUGGCGAUAUUACAACAUACGAUACUACGAACGUACGAAAAAUAUCCAAUUUGCUGUUGUUGAUCUGCAGUCAUUAAAAAAGAAAAAUUUAGUGUUAAAAAUGAGAAUAGUUUAGGGGAAAGUGUUACGGUUGCCUGUGUUUCCUCAGGCUCCAGUAAUACUCAUUACUUACGCUGCUGUAGCCCUGAGUGUGUGAGGAUCUGCAGGCUGCUUUAUGUUACUGAUACUCCAGUAGCGAGGGUCUGGAUUGGUCAGGUGGGUGUGAAAGCAGGUUUACCUCUCGGGCUGCUGGUGAAACUAGUAUUGUAUUGGUGCUUAAAGUGUGCAGCGUCUCUUUACGCUCUGCUCUCGCGCAGACCUCUGGCCUCUGUUGUAGAGAGGCUGCAGUCAGGACUGAUCUGGAGUCAGGGCUUGAGGCUCGCACACGCAUGCAAAAGGUACUUAACGAAAAUGUGAGCUGCUCCUUUAAUGUCUAAAACAUUCCCUAUUUUUUUUCUCUAUGUUUUCCUCUCUCUCCCUCACUCUAUCAUUUUUUUCUUUCAUUUUUCAUCUCUCUCUCUUUUGCUGUCUCUCUCUCUCUCUCUCAGACAUGAGUUAAGUUCAGCUCUGUUAUUGUGACAUUGGACAGCAAAAAACCCUAAUAUGAUGAAAAUAUAACUAAACCCGAUACACUUUGUACUGAUAUAUAUUGAGAAAUAUAUGUUCAUAUUAAAGUAUAUAUUUCA